AUGCUGUCUGCUACAGAUCAUCAAGUUCUCAGAACGCUGGAGGGUUUUGAAGCUUCAAACAUCACUAUUGUAGAAUGGGAAACUCCUCUCCUUCGCCGUUUGGGCUAUCCGCUUGCGCCCACAUCGGACUUAAUAUUCUUGGUCCCAGACCAUCAGCCUCAAGAAGCAAACAAUAUUGCCACAGUCAGCGGCUUGAAACUGGCUAAAAACGACGACUUUCCGGUCGCGUACCUCUCGGAGUUUGCGAAUCAAGGCUAUCGCUAUGUCUACGGCAAUCCAAUGUCCCGAGUCAUUCUCGUGCCUCUUUCCUGGACAGGUAUUGAAGAAGACGACCUAUCCAUCAUCGAAACAACCUAA